CUGGGCAGGACCAAAAUGACCUGGCAUACAAACUGUUUAUCGAGUUGCUUUCGUAGGUCUUCUGUGUGUUACGGGUACAAAAGUCGUGUACCAGACUGACGAGGUAGAUAUCAACUAGCGUCUCCAGUACGAUGGUAGGUGGCCAACACCACACGGAUCGAUAGUACAGCUGUUAAAAAUGACCAGGAUCGAAACGCAGCACGCGCUGCUUCGGAAACAGUCACCAAUCCAGCGAUUCAUUGAGAUUGGUCCCCGCAGCACACUCGCAAGGAUGGCUAGAAAGUCCGCCGCCAUUCAUCAUGAUCAGCAUGCUCCAUCACAAUGGGCCCAUUUCCAGUUUCUUUCAUACCAGGACGACCAGGACAAAAUCCUAUAUGAGUAUCCAGACAUCACGUUGCCGAUACCAACGUCGAAACCAACCGCACUAGCGCCUAAUCCCGCGCAACUGACAGCUAGUAUUCCUCGGUCGGAAACUGAACAAAGUGCAGUACCAGGGCCAGCACCAGUAUCAUCUACUACCGAGGCAUUGGGACACGUACCUAGCGCUAGAGUCUCACUUUCGGCCCGGCAUAUUUUGCUCGCAAUGACGGCCCAGAAGCUUCGACGCUCUUUCGACCAAGUACCACUGGAGAAGACGAUUCGCGAUCUAUGUGGAGGCAAGUCAACUCUUCAAAAUGAGCUGACAGGCGACUUGGUCGCGGAGUUCGGACGGAUUCCAGAAGGGGUGGAAGACAUACCCUUGACGGUCAUAGGAGAAGCACUCCAGGGAGGGUUCUCAGGAAAGCCGGGAAAGCAGAUGUCGGGGUUGAUCUCCAAAUUUAUAUCCAGCAAGAUGCCUGCGGGCUUUAAUCAAAUCUCUGCACAGGACUACCUACAGUCGAGAUGGGGCCUAGAAAAGGCCGAAACCAUCGUUCCUAUAUGCCUUGCCAUCACUGCGCAGCCGCUAGCCCGACUGGCGAAUGCGGAUGCCGCACAGGCAUAUCUAGACAAUAUAGUUGGCCAAUACGCGGCAUUUGAAGGGAUAUCCAUGGUACCAUCAGUAACACACGCUGAGAGCGAGGCUGCAACGGGCCGGUCUCUAAUAGACUCGGCAGCACUCGAUACACAUCGGAAGGAACAGCGAGAUUUCCAGCACAAGCAGCUUGACUUGCUUGCAAAUCAUUUGCACAUCAAUCUUGAUACCAUUGCAAGUGAUCCUGCGCGUUCGUGGGAUGGCCAGACAGGCUUGCAAGAGAAACUAGAGCAAUGGAAUGCGGAAUUCGAUGAGCAAUUUUUGCAAGGUAUUCGGCCCAUUUUCAAUGCCAAGCAAGUCCGGCAGUAUGACUCUUGGUGGAAUUGGGCCCGGGAAGAUCUUCUUCUCUGGCUGAACACUUUACAGAGUUCAGCAGAAGUUACGAUUCAUCGACGGAGUGAUCGCGUACGGCGGAUUCUGAAUCGGUGGGAGCCCAGCUGCACGGAUAUUGUCAUGGCUCGACUGGAAAUGAUGUCCCCUGAGCCAGCAAGCGGCGAUACUUUACCUCAGACGCGUGCCAUGGGUGCGAUGAUGAACGAGAUCUUGCAGUUAGGCAUUGAGGCCCAAUUCAGCGACCCGGCAUACAUUCACACACAACCCCCUCUAGGACCAAGAACCACCAUCUCAGCAUCGGGCCACCUCGUGUAUGAAGAUAUAGUUCGCUCGGUAAACAGCUAUCCAGAGAUUGUGCGUCAAGUGCGCAUAUCUCCAGCCAGCUCAACGACUGCUAUUCCUUUCGUGCAUCUCAAAGCGCGUGGCGACGGACAAGAUUGGAAAUACGAUACCCAGGCGACAGAGAUACUCCAUAACAUGUUGGAUGUGGGUGUGACUACUGGAUUCAGCUACACCGGCAAGACAGUUCUCGUCACAGGUGCUGGCCCCGACUCAAUAGGCGCCUGCAUUAUCCAGGGCCUUUUGGCCGGUGGUGCUAAAGUUGUCGUCACCACUAGCCGCGCGGUCUCUGGAAGCGCCAUGUUCUAUCGGCAGCUGUUUAGGAGGUACGGGGCUCGAGGUGCAGCUUUGACGCUGCUCCCGAUGAAUCAAGCCAGCAAGCAAGACUGUGAGGCCUUGGUCGAAUAUAUCUACGGCGCAGACUCUCCUAUAGGUAACGACUUGGACUGCAUCAUUCCAUUUGCCGCCAUCCCACAGACGGGUGAGCCGAACACCUUAGGCAGCCGGCAGGAGCUGGCACUUCGGGCAAUGCUUGUGAAUGUGCUGCGGCUGAUAGGUCUUAUUCGCCGCGAAAAGGAGAAGCGACGCAUAGACACCAGGCCUACAAUGGUCAUUCUACCAAUGUCCUGCAAUGAAGGUACGUUUGGUGGAGAUGGCCUCUAUCCAGAGGCCAAGGUCGGGCUCAAGACGUUGUUCAAUCGUUUCCACUCUGAGAGUUGGUCAACGUAUGUUACCAUUUGUGGGGCAGUCAUUGGAUGGACCAGAGGAACCGGAUUGAUGCGCUCAUCGAACAUGAUAGCAGCCGAAGUUGAAAAACUUGGUGUUAUAACCUUCACGCAAGACGAGAUGGCUUUCAAUAUCCUAGCCUUGAUGACACCAGCGAUGGUCUCAUUGGCUGAAGAGACACCUAUAUAUGCGGAUCUAACGGGCGGGUUUGGGGCCAUGUGGGAUGCCAAGGAACAUAUCGCAGCAAGCCGCAAGACACUGGCCGAAGAGCUCCGUUUGCAAACUGCCAUGGCAGAAGAAGACGCCCAUUAUGAAACCACGAUUCAGGGAUCGCAUAGAAGAUCUGAAUGUUUUGAGGCAGACAAUCCAGUCGAGCGCGUGAAUCUGAAGAUUGGAUUCCCACCUUUGAUGUGCCAUGAAGAAAUAACAGCGGGUCUCCCUGAUGUUCAAGGGAUGAUCGACCUUUCACGCACCGUCGUCAUCGUGGGAUUCUCCGAGCUUGGACCAUGGGGCAGCUCUCGCACACGAUGGGAGAUGGAACACCAGGGUCAAUUCUCAUUGGAAGGAUAUGCUGAAAUGGCGUGGAUAAUGGGAUUGAUCAAGCAUGUCAAUGGUGACCUCAAGGGGCAGCCAUAUGUUGGAUGGAUUGACGCACAGACGGGUGACCCUGUCCGUGACGAUGAAAUCCCUGGGAAGUAUGACCAGCAGAUCAUGAACCACUCUGGCGUCCGCUUGAUCGAGCCCGACGCACUAAACCCCUAUGAUCCGUCGCGCAAGGAGUUUAUGCAUGAAGUAGCGAUAGAGGAUGACCUGCCGCCAUUUGAAAGCUCCAAACCAGCGGCCGAGGCAUUUAAGCUGCGUCACGGGGAUCAAGUCUCUAUCCAGCCAAUCAAGGGCUCUGAUAAUUACCGCGUGUCUGUGAAGAAGGGAGCGGUGGUCAUGAUCCCGAAAGCAGUUCCUUUCCAUCAAGUCGCAGGGGGGAAGAUCCCCAGGGGCUGGGACCCCUUGCGAUAUGGCAUCCCGGAGGAUAUUGUACAACAAAGUGACCCGACUACGUUGUAUGCACUUUGCUGUGUCUCCGAAGCGUUAUUAUCCGCCGGAAUUAAAGACCCUUAUGAGAUGUACCGACACAUUCACGUAUCCGAGUUGGCCAACUGCCUAGGCACAGGGGGUGGUACCAUGAAAACUAUCCAGAGUAUGUAUCGCGACCGUUUCCUUGACCGACCAGUCCGAGGGGAUAUUAUUCUCGACCACUUUUCCAACACUAUGGGCGCCUGGGUCAAUAUGUUGAUCUUCUCUUCCACGGGACCAUUAAAGACCCCAGUCGGCGCUUGUGCCACCGCCAUCGAAUCUUUAGAUAGCGGCUGCGAGGCGAUUCAGACUGGAAAAUGCAGAGUGGCUAUUGUUGGCGGUUGUGAUGAUUAUGGUGAAGAGGUAGCGUAUGAGUUCGCUAGCAUCAAAGCCACAGCCAACAGCACAGAUGAGUUGGCCAAAGGCCGUCGGCCAGGUGAAAUUUCCCGCCCUACAACAAGCUCGCGUGGUGGGUUCGUGGAAUCAGCGGGGUGUGGUGUACAAAUCGUAAUGGCUGCUGACCUUGCCCUGGAAAUGGGACUACCCAUAUAUGGGGUUGUUGCUUACAACCAAAUGGCCAGUGACCAGAUCGGGCGGUCCAUUCCAGCUCCAGGAAAGGGAAUCCUGACAGCGGCACGAGAAUCAGUGGAAGCGCGGGAUUCACCGUUGCUAAAUAUUGAUUUCCGACGCACGGGAUUCGAGAAUGAGAUGGCCGACAUCUAUCAACGAGAGCUGGACGGACGCCUUGACAAGAUAAGUCGUUCUGAGGCUGCCACGCGAGUGAUCGAGAAAGCAACAAAGUCCAGAAUACGCGAGGCUCAGCACCGGUGGGCAAGUAAUAUCCGCCUCCAAGACCCAGGGAUAUCCCCCAUCAAGGCAGCUCUGGCAACAUGGGGCCUAACGAUUGACGACAUACGUGUUGCAUCGACCCAUGGGACUUCAACCCGCGCCAACGAGAUCAAUGAGGGUGAGGUGAUCAACGCUCAAAUGAACCACCUGGGAAGACGUAAAGGAAAUCCGCUGUUGUGCGUAUGCCAAAAGUCAUUGACCGGGCAUCCCAAAGCAGCUGCAGGGGCGUGGCAGCUGAACGGUUGCAUACAAAUGUUCCGCGAAAGCAUCGUUCCAGGAAAUCGCAAUGCGGACAAUAUUGACGAGGAACUUCGCAAGUUUGAGCAUCUUGUUUAUCCCAUGGACUCCAUUAAGGUAUCCGAGGUGAAAGCAACGAUGCUUACCUCCUUUGGAUUUGGACAGAAAGGUGCCCUGAACAUCAUGGUGGCACCCAAGUAUCUCUUCGCAGCUGUACCAGUCACGAGCUUUGAAGAGUACCGGGCUCGUGUGACAAAGAGGCAGCGGACAGCAAAUGCAGAGUUUGUCUCUCGACUGCUGAAGAAUUCCCUGGUUCGGGUAAAGUCCGACGCACCGUGGAAGGGGCCCGAGGAGAUGCGACGCGUAUUUUUGAACCAAAACAGUCGCUUAACUACAGAUCAAUCUUCAUUUACUGACGAAUCGCGAUCUGAAGCUCAUGGCCCAUGCAUCAUGGGCGAGCCAAAACCCAAAGAUUUCCGGAAAAGGUCAGCGACGUCGGCCGUAGUUCAAUCCCUCCUGGAAAACGUAAUGCAGCGUGCCACCGCAUCCUCACCCACUAGCGUUGGGGUUGACAUCGAGGAUAUAAUGAGCAUUAACAUUGAAAACCCAAAUUUCAUCCUCCGCAAUUUCACACCUGCCGAGUGUGAGUAUUGUUCCAAGGCCCCGAACCCACGCGCCUCAUUUGCGGGUCGUUGGAGUGCCAAGGAAGCCGUCUUCAAAAGCCUUCAGACGUCUUCCAUAGGUGCAGGGGCUGCAAUGAACGAGAUUGAGAUUCUGGGGGCAAAUGGAAUCCCUUGCGUCAUGCUCCAUGGAAAGGCUCACGACGCGGCUGCGUCCAAGGGAGUUAGCAGUAUUGAAGUGGCCAUCAGUCAUUGUGCUGAAACAGCGAUUGCCGUAGCGCUGGCCACAAGAAGGCCGUAA